AUGAUAGCUGUUCAUGGCUUCUAUCGCUACACCGACAUCCAGUUUGAAUGGUACAAAUCGAUCCCCUCUGAACGCGGGCGUGGCGGACUCAGAGCGUUCCUAAACGCGGAAGCGCUGGUACAUCCCGACAACCCCUGGCACGCAGGAAAGCAGGGUGUUGAGCUGUAUCUUCUCACCAUCCCGAACGGCGAACAGAGGUUGUGUUUCUCAAGCAAGCAGCUGGAGUAUAUGCGCUAUUGGCUGCAGGCAGCAAAGGCUAUCGACAAGCUGGAAGAUAUCCCCCUCCCCUCGAGCGAGUACUUGAUCCUGGAGAGCCAGGUUAAGAGUGUAUCCCCGGUGACCUAUCGCACUCCCAAGGACCUCAAAAGCGCCAUGCGUGAUCUGUCAAAGUUCAAUAAACGCGUUAAGACCUCUCCCGGAGGACUUACCGAUCAGCGUACGAUGUUCGAGCGUGUCCGAGCCGCGUUCCAGACCAAGAAAGGCGUUUGGGCGGCAAUCGACUUCGAGAGCUUCGAAUACGAUCACAAGUCCAUAACCGAGUUUGGGUACUCUAUGUUGAGCUGGGACAAGAAAGGCAAGGAGGUGCGAGAGGAUGGCCACUGGUGUGUGCAGGAGAAUAUGCAUAAGCUCAACGGGAUGUAUGUCAAGGAAAACCGCCGAGGGUUCAAGUUCGGAACAUCGGAGAUAAUCCUCGACGCGGAAUUCCGCAAACGCGUGCACAACUUUAUUUAUACUCACGGCCUUCCCGGCCCUCUCUACCUCAUCGUCCACGGAGGUGCCGGAGACCGGGUCUAUCUCAACCUCUGCAACGUGCCUCUCCUCUCUAUAGCGCAUGACUUGCCCGGUACAACGCCCACCCCGAGAGGGAAGAACGCCGAGCCGUUGAAAGAGGGUGAACUACCCAACAUGUACACGCUCGACACGCAAGAGCUGUUCAAGGCACUGGAAGGGAACCACAAGAUCGCUAGAGGGCUGGAAAGGAUGUGCCAGCUUAUGCGUUUGCCGGACGUGAACCAGAUUGGGGGAUGGCAUAAUGCGGGUAACGAUGCUCAUUGGACACUCGAAGCACUCAUCGCCAUGGCUUCCGGAGAACCACUAGACAAACAGCGCGAGCUCCGCUGGCCUGACAAAGUCGCACCUCCGCUUGCGCCAGGCGCGCUGGGUCCGACGGAAACGAAGACUAACCGGCUUGCAGUACAGUGGGGAGAGGAGGAUGAAGAGGACUGGGAUUGGGAGGAAGAUGUUCUCUGA